CGCACCUUGGGAGGGGCUUGGAGGUCAGAGCCUACUGGGGCUUCACUUCCCUAAGCACAGGGGUCCACCCCGGCUUGAGGGUAGCCGGGAACAGAGGCACAGAAGCGCUGGAGUCUAAGGUCUGCCGGUCGGCCUGUGGGUCCUCUUGCCCCGACGCGUCCCCCACCCAGCUCCAGAACCCUCCGUCACCCCAGUACGGUGGUCUGCGACGCUCGCCUGCAGCGGAAGCAAGGCGUGCCAUCCCCCCCCCCAACGCUGUGUCAGCCACUCCCCCUCGACAGCCAACCCCCCCUCCCUGGCGCGGGCCCCCGGCCCCCGCCCUCUGCACCACACGCCCACGCCGCCCCGACCCCGCGGGGGACCCCAGUUUCCCGGCCCCGGGCUUCCCAUCCCCGCCUCCGGCGCGGCCCCCUCCCCGCCUCCGCUCCGCUCCGGGCUCGGGCCCCCUCCCCCCGCCGCCCCCGCCCCCGGGGAAGGCAGGCGCCGCUCGAAGCCGGGGCCGAUGCAGCUAAACCGUGCCGCCGUCGCCGCCGCCGCUGCGCCUGCGGAGCCCCCGGAGCCGCUGUCCCCCGCGCUGGCCCCAGCCCCGGCCCCCCCCGGCCCCCUCCCGCGUAGCGCGGUCGGCGGGGCUCCGGCGGGGGGUCCGGGGGGGCCAGGGCGCCGCGCGGAGUCCCCGUGCGCUCCUCUCUCCGCCGGGAACAGUCCGGGCCCGGGCGCUAGCACCGGGAUGGACGGCCCCGGGGCCAGCGCCGUGGUCGUGCGCGUCGGCAUCCCGGACCUGCAACAAACGAAGUGCCUGCGUCUGGACCCAACCGCGCCCGUGUGGGCCGCCAAGCAGCGUGUGCUCUGCGCCCUCAAUCACAGCCUUCAGGACGCGCUCAACUACGGGCUAUUCCAGCCUCCCUCCCGGGGUCGCGCCGGCAAGUUCCUGGAUGAAGAGCGGCUCUUACAGGACUACCCGCCUAACCUGGACACGCCCCUGCCCUAUCUGGAGUUUCGAUACAAGCGGAGAGUUUAUGCCCAGAACCUCAUCGAUGACAAGCAGUUUGCGAAGCUACACACGAAGGCAAACCUGAAGAAGUUCAUGGACUAUGUCCAGCUACACAGCACAGACAAGGUGGCCCGCCUGCUGGACAAGGGGCUGGACCCCAAUUUCCAUGACCCUGACUCAGGAGAGUGCCCUCUGAGUCUCGCGGCCCAGUUGGACAACGCCACUGACCUCCUGAAGGUUCUCCGCAAUGGUGGUGCUCAUCUGGACUUCCGAACGCGAGAUGGGCUAACAGCCGUCCACUGUGCUACCCGCCAGCGGAACGCAGGGGCACUGACGACCCUGCUGGACCUGGGGGCUUCGCCUGACUACAAGGACAGCCGCGGCCUGACGCCCCUGUACCACAGUGCCCUAGGGGGCGGGGAUGCCCUCUGCUGCGAGCUGCUUCUCCAUGAUCACGCACAGCUGGGGACCACUGAUGAGAAUGGUUGGCAAGAGAUCCAUCAGGCCUGCCGCUUCGGACAUGUGCAGCAUUUGGAGCACCUGCUGUUCUAUGGGGCCAACAUGGGCGCCCAGAAUGCCUCGGGAAACACAGCCCUGCACAUCUGCGCCCUGUACAACCAGGAGAGCUGCGCACGUGUCCUGCUUUUCCGUGGUGCCAACAAGGAUGUCCGCAAUUACAACAGCCAGACAGCCUUCCAGACGGCCAUUAUUGCGGGGAACUUCGAACUUGCUGAGGUAAUCAAGACCCACAAAGAUUCGGAUGUUGUACCAUUCAGGGAAACCCCCAGCUAUGCAAAGCGACGGCGUCUGGCUGGCCCCAGCGGCUUGGCAUCCCCUCGGCCCUUACAGCGCUCUGCCAGUGAUAUCAACCUGAAAGGUGAUCAGCCCGCAGCUUCUCCUGGGCCCACGCUCCGAAGCCUCCCUCAUCAGCUGCUGCUCCAGAGGCUUCAGGAGGAGAAAGACCGGGACCGGGACGGGGGCGAGCAGGAGAAUGACAUCGGCGGCCCCUCAGCAGGCAGGGGUGGCCACAACAAGAUCAGCCCCAGCGGGCCCGGCGGAUCCGGCCCCGCGCCCGGCCCCGGCCCGGCGUCUCCCGCGCCCCCCGCGCCGCCGCCCCGGGGCCCGAAGCGGAAACUUUACAGUGCCGUCCCCGGCCGCAAGUUCAUCGCUGUGAAGGCGCACAGCCCGCAGGGCGAGGGCGAGAUCCCGCUGCACCGCGGCGAGGCCGUGAAGGUGCUCAGCAUUGGGGAGGGCGGAUUCUGGGAGGGAACCGUGAAGGGCCGUACAGGCUGGUUCCCAGCUGACUGUGUGGAAGAAGUGCAGAUGCGACAGUAUGACACCAGGCAUGAAACCAGAGAGGACCGGACGAAGCGUCUUUUCCGUCACUACACUGUGGGUUCCUAUGACAGCCUCACUUCACACAGUGAUUAUGUCAUCGAUGAUAAGGUGGCUAUCCUGCAAAAACGGGACCAUGAGGGUUUUGGCUUUGUUCUCCGGGGAGCCAAAGCAGAGACCCCCAUUGAGGAGUUUACGCCCACACCUGCCUUCCCUGCACUCCAGUACCUUGAGUCUGUAGAUGUGGAAGGUGUGGCCUGGAGGGCUGGGCUUCGAACUGGGGACUUCCUCAUUGAGGUGAACGGGAUGAACGUCGUGAAGGUCGGACACAAGCAAGUGGUGGGUCUCAUCCGUCAGGGGGGCAACCGCCUGGUCAUGAAGGUUGUGUCUGUGACUAGGAAACCUGAGGAGGACAGUGCUCGGCGCAGAGCCCCCCCACCCCCAAAGAGGGCCCCCAGCACCACGCUGACUCUGCGGUCCAAGUCCAUGACGGCCGAGCUGGAGGAACUCGCUUCCAUUCGGAGAAGAAAAGGGGAGAAGUUGGAUGAGAUCCUGGCAGUUGCUGCGGAGCCAACACUGAGGCCGGACAUUGCAGACGCAGACUCGAGGGCAGCCACUGUCAAGCAGCGGCCCACCAGCCGGAGGAUUACCCCUGCUGAGAUCAGCUCAUUGUUUGAGCGCCAGGGCCUCCCAGGCCCGGAGAAGCUGCCGGGCUCUCUGCGGAAGGGGAUUCCACGGACCAAAUCUGUAGGGGAGGAUGAGAAGCUGGCAUCCCUACUGGAGGGGCGCUUCCCACGCAGCACAUCAAUGCAGGACACAGUGCGUGAAGGUCGAGGCAUUCCACCCCCACCGCAGACCGCCCCACCACCCCCACCCGCGCCCUACUACUUCGACUCCGGGCCACCCCCUACCUUCUCACCGCCACCACCACCGGGCCGGGCCUAUGACACUGUGCGCUCCAGCUUCAAACCAGGCCUGGAGGCUCGUCUGGGUGCAGGGGCGGCGGGCCUGUAUGAUUCUGGCACGCCUCUGGGCCCGCUGCCCUACCCUGAGCGUCAGAAGCGUGCACGCUCCAUGAUCAUAUUGCAGGACUCUGCGCCCGAAGUGGGUGAUGUCCCCCGGCCUGCACCUGCAGCCACACCGCCUGAGCGCCCCAAGCGCCGGCCUCGGCCGUCAGGCCCUGAUAGUCCCUACGCCAACCUGGGCGCCUUCAGUGCCAGCCUCUUUGCUCCGUCGAAACCACAGCGCCGCAAGAGCCCGCUGGUGAAGCAGCUUCAGGUGGAGGACGCUCAGGAGCGCGCGGCCCUGGCCGUGGGUAGCCCGGGACCAGUGGGUGGAAGCUUUGCACGAGAACCCUCCCCGACGCACCGCGGGCCCCGCCCGGGCGGCCUUGACUACAGCUCUGGAGAAGGCCUGGGGCUUACCUUUGGCAGCCCUAGCCCUGGCCCAGUCAAGGAGCGGCGCCUGGAGGAGCGUCGCCGGUCCACUGUGUUCCUUUCUGUGGGUGCCAUCGAGGGCAGCCCUCCCAGCGCAGAUCUGCCAUCCCUACAGCCCUCCCGCUCCAUUGAUGAGCGCCUCCUGGGGACUGGCGCCACCACUGGCCGCGAUUUGCUGCUCCCCUCCCCUGUCUCUGCUCUGAAGCCAUUGGUCGGUGGUCCCAGCCUUGGGCCCUCAGGCUCCACCUUCAUCCACCCUCUCACUGGCAAACCCUUGGAUCCUAGCUCACCCCUAGCUCUUGCUCUGGCUGCCCGAGAGCGGGCUCUGGCCUCGCAAGCACCUUCCCGGUCCCCCACACCUGUACACAGCCCUGAUGCUGACCGCCCUGGACCCCUCUUUGUGGAUGUGCAAACCCGAGACUCCGAGAGAGGACCGUUGGCCUCCCCAGCCUUCUCCCCUCGGAGUCCAGCCUGGAUUCCAGUGCCUGCUCGCAGAGAGGCAGAGAAGCCCCCUCGGGAAGAGCGGAAGUCACCAGAGGACAAGAAAUCCAUGAUCCUCAGCGUCUUGGACACGUCUUUGCAACGGCCAGCUGGCCUCAUUGUUGUGCAUGCCACCAGCAAUGGACAGGAGCCCAGCAGGCUGGGGACUGAAGAGGAGCGCCCCGGAACUCCGGAGCUGGCCCCAGCCCCCAUGCAGGCAGCAGCUGUGGCAGAGCCCAUGCCAAGCCCACGAGCCCAGCCCUCUGGCAGCAUCCCAGCGGAUCCCGGGCCAGGUCAAGGCAGCUCAGAGGAGGAGCCAGAGCUGGUAUUCGCUGUGAACCUGCCACCUGCUCAGCUGUCCUCCAGCGAUGAGGAGACCAGAGAGGAGCUGGCCCGCAUUGGGCUAGUGCCACCCCCUGAAGAGUUUGCCAAUGGGAUCCUGCUGGCCACCCCGCCCCCAGGACCGGGCCCCUUGCCCACCACGGUACCCAGCCCGGCCUCAGGGAAGCCCAGCAGUGAGCUGCCCCCUGCCCCUGAGUCUGCAGCUGACUCUGGAGUAGAGGAGGCUGACACUCGAAGCUCCAGUGACCCCCACCUGGAGACCACAAGCACCAUUUCCACAGUGUCCAGCAUGUCCACCCUGAGCUCGGAGAGUGGGGAACUCACGGACACCCACACCUCCUUUGCCGAUGGACACACUUUUCUACUCGAGAAGCCACCAGUGCCUCCCAAGCCCAAGCUCAAGUCCCCGCUGGGGAAGGGGCCGGUGACCUUCAGGGACCCGCUGCUGAAGCAAUCCUCGGACAGUGAGCUCAUGGCCCAACAGCACCAUGCCGCCUCUACAGGGCUGGCUUCUGCUGCUGGGCCUGCCCGCCCUCGCUACCUCUUCCAGAGAAGGUCCAAGUUGUGGGGGGACCCCGUGGAGAGUCGGGGGCUCCCUGGGCCAGAAGAUGACAAGCCAACUGUGAUCAGUGAGCUCAGCUCCCGUUUGCAGCAGCUGAAUAAAGACACGCGCUCCUUGGGGGAGGAACCAGUUGGUGGCCUGGGCAGCCUGCUGGACCCUGCUAAGAAGUCGCCCAUUGCAGCAGCUCGACGCUCUUCACUGUUGGUUGUGGAGGACAGAGUUCACAGAAUAGUGAGCAGCGUACAGCUUGAGGAUGCGAGGUCUCUCUCAGGGGGCCUCCCAGUCUUCCAGUCUUCCAGGCUCUUCAGCAGCCUCGGUGAGCUGAGCACCAUCUCAGCGCAGCGCAGCCCCGGGGGCCCGGGCGGAGGGGCCUCCUACUCGGUGCGGCCCAGCGGCCGGUACCCCGUGGCGAGACGAGCCCCGAGCCCAGUGAAACCCGCAUCGCUGGAGCGGGUGGAGGGGCUGGGGGCGGGCGUGGGAGGCGCGGGGCGGCCCUUCGGCCUCACGCCUCCCACCAUCCUCAAGUCGUCCAGCCUCUCCAUCCCGCACGAACCCAAGGAAGUGCGCUUCGUGGUGCGAAGUGUGAGUGCGCGCAGCCGCUCCCCCUCACCAUCUCCGCUGCCCUCGCCUUCUCCCGGCUCUGGCCCCAGUGCUGGCCCGCGUCGGCCGUUUCAACAGAAGCCCCUGCAGCUCUGGAGCAAGUUCGAUGUGGGCGACUGGCUGGAGAGCAUCCACUUAGGCGAGCACCGAGAUCGCUUCGAGGACCAUGAGAUCGAAGGCGCACACCUGCCUGCGCUCACCAAGGAAGACUUCGUGGAGCUGGGCGUCACACGCGUUGGCCACCGCAUGAACAUCGAGCGUGCGCUCAGGCAGCUGGAUGGCAGCUGACGCCCCACUCCCUCUCCUGUUCCUGCUGCGCCCUGCCGGCAGGGCCCCCACCCCUACUCCAGGCCGCAGGCUCGGCUCGCCCCCUACCACGGCGCCCGGGCCAGGAAUGUUGCAUGAAUCGUCCUGUUUGCUGUUGCUUGGAGACUUGCCCUGUACAUUGCUUAGUGCCCUCCCCUGCCGCUGAACCCCACCCAGCACACAGUAAGGGCGCGGACCAGGGGGGCUGGGUGGAAGGGGGUUGGGGCAGGGUGCUCUGGCCUGACCACCUCCUCCACAGCUCCUGGUGGCCAAUCUUCCAGAGGGGGAACCUAGUCCAGCAUGCGAGGUCAGGACACGCCUUGGUGACUUGGGGGGAGGGGGGAGACAUUGGGGUUCUCGAUAGGGGCCAAGGAGCCCCCUGCUUUACAUAUUUUAAUCCACUCUAUAUUUGGAACGAGAAAAGGAACAAAUAUCUCUGUCCGUAACAGUUCCCGCCCUCUUCCCCUCAAGUCCUCUCGCUGGUCCCGCCACAGCUGCCCAGUCUUCCAUCUCCGGCCCCUCACUGCCACCCCAUACAGGGCAGGGGACACUCCAGCUGGCCUGGGGUUAGCCAGGGUCCUGGCAGCCCACCCUGGGGACCCCGGCUCAGCCCCCUUCCCUCGCUGAGCUAUAGUAUGCCCCACCCACCCUUUAGGUGCUGCUCAGGGGGGACGGGUGGCAGGCAUUGCCUGCUGGGCACUAGCAGGGCCAGGUGGCCUGGGAGAUUAUUGCCCUGGGGCUGGGCCCCGGUAACCCAACCCCAGCCAUCAUCUUCACAGGGUCUCUCCCAAAGGAGGGGUCUAACCUUUCCCACUUCUUGGGCAACUACAGCAGAGAAGCCUCCCUGCCUCGCACCCCAAAGACUCCCUAAUUCCUGCCCUGUGUGUGCGCGCCACGUAUGUGUGUGCACGCCUGUGUGCUUGUGAAAACUGGGUGUGGCUGAGCGCAUGGGUGCCCUGUAUGUGCUUGAUUGUGGAGUGGUCCCCAGGGGCUGUACUGGAUGGGUGGGAGGUUGCGGAAGCUUGCACACGGUGCAUGCAUGGGUGUGUGCCUGUGAAGGGGCCCUGUCUUCUCCAAAGAAAGGCUGUCCCGCUCCUUCCUCAGCCUGUUCUCCCUGAGCCUCACCCAGCUUAAGCCGGGGUUCUUGGUGAAUCCUUCCAGCUUCGGGAAGCCUCGAGGGCUCCCCUGCAGGCAGUGCCCCUUCGGGCUUCUAAGGGAAUUGUGGGGACCACUAAAAUCAGGCCACAACAGCCCUUGGAGAGAGGCAAAGACUCCUGAGGGUACCCUGGCCCCCCUACUGUGACUCCUCACACUCAGCAAUGACCUGUGGGGUGGGGGGCCCUGGGGCAUUUUUAAACAUAGGGUUUGGAGUCUGGACUAUGAGCUCCAUCCACGUCACUCACAAGUUUCUGUUUCUAUUUCUAGCUUUUUUUAAUAAAAGAAAUAUAUAUAAAAAAGACAGAAAACAGGUGUUUUCAUGGCCCAGGGGCUUGGCACGCCGGUCUGUGCCCACCGGCCCCGCCCUGGCCCACCCGCCCCGCCCUGGCCCACCGGCCCCAUUCCCUAGACACAGAGUCACACCCACUAACCCUCUUACCAACAGAGCAGGUCACACACACAGCAGCAGUCACUGUAACAGACUGCCACAUACACAGUCUCACAUUUACCUGUGGGUUUUUGGUUCUGUUCAAUUUGGGUUUUUAACUUUACAGGGUCAGUUCCGCUUCACCCCCCUUUUGUAUGGAGUUCCAUCUGGGGGGCUUUCAACCCCCUGCUCCAGUCCUGAGGCCUCCUGACCCUGACGUUGUGAUACACCCCACAGAGAUCUAUGUUUCUUAUAUUAUUAUUAUUAUUAAUAAUAAUUAUUAUAAUAUUAUGUAAUAAAUUUAUAAGAAAUGAAA